AUGGCGGCGGCGGAGGAACAGCAGCAGCCACAGAAGGCUUGUUCCGGCGACGAAAACGCAGCGCAUGCGGCCAACCAGGUCUCGUCGAAAUCGGUGCAGAAUUCGCAGAUAAAUGGCGUUGACAAGGUGGAAUCAGAGCUGCACUCUGGAGAAAACAAGGAAAAUACACCAACGCAAACAGCUACAACACUCGAUAUUAGCGCGUUCGAGUGGAUGGAGAAGCAGCAUCGUAGUGAGCUCCCAACUACCGUUAAUGGCAAUGCAGCGGCGAAGAACGAGAAAGAUACAGACAACAGAGCACCAGAUCCGUCGGACGUGCCGCACCCAAUGGACGUGGAUGAUAAUAAACACGAGAGGGAGACAGGGACAGUGAAUAACAGCGAGACGCUCGUGCAGGCCGCUUCUGGAGCUUUGAAGCUUGCGGAGUCUAAGGAAAUGUCGAUGGAUAGUGGCGCUGUUUCCAUUGGAGAGCAGAGUGAUGGUAAGAGUGAUGGUAAAACUGACGUGGCGAUGGAGACGGUGGUUAUGGACGUGGAUGGCGGUGACGAGGCUGCGAAUGGAGCUCAUAGCGUGGAGACGGAGGUGGAUAAAGACGAUACGGAGCCCAAAUCCGACGCUGUGGCCCACAAAGUGGAGGCAACUGUUGCAGCUGAGUACGAACAGGUCCAGCUAUCGGUCGACACAGCCGAAGACUCUGAGAUGUCUACAGAAGACGUGUCUUUGACCAACGAGGACCAAUUUGGACUAAAUUAUAGUCCUGGACUAAUCGAUGCGGAAGUGACACAAACAGUAAACGAUCUCGUCACGUCAUUGGCUGAAAAUGUAUUUUUGGCCGAAACCGUAAAAAUCGCCACCAGCCCCUUAAUGCCGCAUCUUAGCGCGGACGAGGCCAUGGAGCUGCUCGACUUUCACCAAGGCGACGACCACGAGCUGCUUCCGGAACAUGAUACCGGUACCGACGCCGAUAUCGAGCCCGAUCUGACGGAUCACCGCGAGUAUCAGUGGUUUGAUGGCGACGACGACGACGACGGGGCUGCAAUUGAAGCUCCUACGGUACUGGACGUGACUUCCGACACCACCGACGACGUUUUCGGCUUCAACGGCGUCGAUCUGACAGAUUUACCUCCCAGAAUCGAUAACAAUGCCGAUAUCAACAGUGACGGGAGUGGAGAUACCGUGGUGAUACCGGACAAAAGCAACAGCUCCAGCUCCAGUUCCAGCUCCAGCGGUUCGUCCUCCAGCUCGUCUUCGUCCUCUAGUAGUGUAAGCUCGUCCGAUGACGAGCAAGUGCGUGUGCUGUCCAACAAACGCCACGCCGCAGCCAGUUCCGGUCCUCGCAAGCUACGUAAGUAUAAAAAACAAAAGCGAGAGGCCGAGAACCAGCCGCAAAAGCGGUUUAAUCGUAAACGCAAGAUCCCACAGCCCCACAUUCCGCCCGAGUUUCGCGUUUUCGAGACGGACGCGGCCGAUCCGAUCCUCAAAGGAUUGUAUUCUAUACGGAACAAUCGACGUGCGUGCUUCGUGGGCAACUGGGGCUUCAGUGACGAAGCGUUCCAGAAUUUGGACAGUGUUAGUCCCUUUGAAUACACAUCUCGUACCCGCGUGCUGCAGUCCCGACGAAAGGACGAUAAGCGUCCGGUGUCGGGCAAGUACGCGGGUUUCUUUAAGUUGCGCCAGUUUGAUGGCAAGUUGGUGAAGAUCCGAGAAGAUCAAGUGGAGCUGCAGUUUCUGCCCAUGCCAGCGUCAGACGCUGAAGAGGACGAGGAGAUGGAGGAAUAUGACAGUGAAGAGAACGGCGAAGACCCAGUGCCGAGUCGCUAUACGGUGCUGGGCAAGGGCAAGAACCGCUUUGGGCGGUUCUUGAUCCGAGGCUAUUUGAACCCGGAAGACGGCAAACUGGUCGUUAAACGCAGGUAUUUGGAGUGA